UUCUUAUGACAUUUGUAGUUACCAUACAUAAAUCGUUGAUAAUUUUAUUUUAAGAUAUUGUUUUAAUAUUUAUAUAAUAAUUUAAUUAGUUUUAAGAUAAGGAUGGAGGGUGAAAUAAUGAAGUCUAAUGUGUCGUCGACGUACUCGGAGGGCAGCCCGACCGCGAUGACUCGGCUGGCCGCCGUGUACCGCAACGUGCCGCUGCACGACAAGUGCUCCAUUGAAGACAUGCUCAAGAUGAGGGAGGCCUUCAGCCAGGCCUUCAACAACCAAAUGAUGCCGCUCGAGUUCCGGGACACGCUCAAGUCUCUGCUAAAUGUGGAGUACGACGAUGAGGAAUUCAAUAUACUUUUCUUAAAAAUGAACACAAGUCGUACGGGCUUCGUCGACUGGGACGAGUUAGUGUCACACCUGAUCCUCGGUUACUUCGGAAACGACGCGGAAAACCAGCGGGAGUCCUUGCAGCCGCCCAUCAUGGGGCUGCCCGUCAUCAUGCGCUCGGAGCACAGGCACCCGAUAUCUAGGAUAUGCUUCUGUCCCGACGUCGAUAAGGACCGAAAAAAGGAUCCGAUGCAGGGCAUGUACAUAACGGCGAGCCGCGACGGCAUGGUCAACUGGUGGUCUCUGGACAUGAAGCUGCUGAGGACUGCCUUCUCCUCGAGCCCGCAUCUGAAAGUCCGCACAACAUGGGUGACGGACAUGGUGUGCAUGCCCGACGUGAACAUCAUCGUCACCAGCUCCACCGAGAGAGACCUGCGCUUCUACGACUGCAUUGCUAAAACUUUCACAUUAAAAAUUAUUAUCACCAGCUGGGAUUAUAUGAUCUGCACAAUGUAUUAUCGCUUCAGUACAGACAUUAAUGAAAACUGCAUGUUAGUCUGCGGAGACGUGGGGGGCAACGUGCGGGUGCUGCUGUUCUCGCCAGUUCUACGGGGACCCUUCAGGAAUGAGGCUGGUCGAGCGUUAAUAUCAUUGCGACACGUGGAUCUGCAAAGACGGCCUAAGAUGCUUCCAGAGCUGCGGUUAGUAGAUCUAGGGCGUAUGCACGGAGAGUGGGUGCGGCAGGUGUCGUACUACGAGUCGCUGCACUGCGUGGUCUCCUGCGCCACCUGCAGCGACUCGCUCCUCAUGUGCGAUAUAUCCGGCUCCAAGACACACAACAUGUUUAGAGUAGAUAAGGGUAUUCAAUGCUUCGCAUUUGAAGAACAGAAACACGUGUUGGUGACGGGAGGUCCUGACUGUGCGGUCCGGGUGUGGAACCCGUUCGUGCCGGCCAAAGCCAACGUGUUGUUCGUGGGACACCACGCUGCCGUCACCUGCAUAGUACUGGAGAACAAAGGGCAGACCAUCUACUCGCUAUCGCGUGAUAGAACUAUCAAAGUGUGGGAUAUACCGAGUCAAACGUGCAUUCAGACGUACAUCGACAUCCCAGCUGUGGUAGGUGAGCGGUCGCCGAUAUCUGCGGUGUACAAUCCUGCCACCAGGGAAUUCGUCCUGGCUUGCAUAAAGAUAGCUGUCGUAGUGCUGGACGAGCAGCUGAACCCGCUGCACACCGACGGCAACACCCACGCUCGAGCAGUCUCCAGGAUCCUAUACAAUCCGCUGUUCAAAGUGAUUAUUUCGUGCGGCAUGGACAGCAUCAUCAUCAACUGGAAUCCGGUUACAGGUAAACGCAACGUGCUGAUCCGCGACGCGCACGUGCGCCACAUGCACGGCGAACAGGUCCCGGUGGAGAUUACUGCCGCCUGCUUCGACCCUGGCUACCAGUUGCUGCUGACAGGCGCCAGAACCGGAGAACUUAAGGUGUGGAAUUUCAACACUGGGGCUUGCAUGAGAGUGAUGACCAUCCAGCACAUGUGCGAAGUCACCGACUGCUUCUGGGUGGAGGGCAGAAUUCUAGCAGUAGGUUGGAACAAGCACCUGAUAGAAUUCGAGGAUAGUGGUAUGGCAAUGCAUGGUAAAAGCUGGGAGAUACGGCACACGGACGAUGUACUGGCCUCAGCGGUGCGGCCGCCGCUGUCGCUGGCCACCUCCAGCUACAACUCCGAGCUGGUCCUGUGGAAGCUGGAGACCGGCCAGCCCUACAGGCGCUUCUCGUGCACGGAGCCGACGCUUCGCAUCAAGAUGCACUUCAGCAAGCGCGACUCGACCAAGCCGCUUACUGCAGAUAAACUGGAAAUGAAGUCAAAAAGGCAAACACCACAACGGAGGCUCGGUACUUCACGCGACAACGUGGACCCGACAGCAGCCAUCAAGAAGGCGACGGAGCGCCGUAUAUCCGCGGGUGUGACCAUGUCGGGCCGCGAGCAGAGCAUGCGUCUCCUCGCCGUGCACGCCAUGAUCUUUCUGGAGACACGGCCGCAACAUGCACACGUCGCUUCUCUAAUGCUCUCCCUGGAGAAUGGCAAGAUACAGGGUUGGUCGGACCACUCGGCGGGCGGGUACCAAGGAUCCUUCCACGCCGUCCACUCGGAGGGCGACUACGUGUCCUGUCUGGCCACUGAUAUUGACAACGAGUUCCUCUUCACCGGCACCACACUGGGCUACAUUAAAGUGUGGCUGAUGACUAAUUACCUCACAAAUACCACGGUACACAUCAACAUGCCGCGGCUGCGCCUGAUGUUCCCGUUCCUGUGGCGGGACCGCAUCGAGGGCCGCGCCAAGCGCAGUGUGCGCGACCAGCCCAAGCCGCUGCUGCUGAACAGCUACCGCGCACACCUCCGCUGCGUUACCUCUAUUGCUUACAUGGACGAACUUAAACUUUUCUUCAGCGGCAGUUCGGACUACAGCGUCCGAGUGUGGCGUCUGUCAGGCGAGUACCUGCAGACGCUGGGCAGCUUCCUGCCGUGGUCUCUCGAGGUGCCACGGUUCCCACCCGAUGUGAGGAAGAUCGCAAGCUUCACCACGUUCAAGGUGUGGCGCAGCGGCCACGUGUCGCGCUACGUGCCCGGGCAGAAGGUGGUGGACAAGCUGCGCGACAUCACAGAGCAAGAGCUCAAGACCAAGACCUACGGCCAGGCACCCGACGAGCCGUUGCUUGGACAUUAUUUCUCGCUACCACGAAGACCAGAUCCGAUAGAUAUCAUCAAACUCGACACGUCGUUAAAUACGAUCCCGUUGUACGCGCACCUCCGCAUGGCUUCGACACAACCAGUGCGACGGCCACCAACUCCCGAGCUGGUGCGUGAGACGCGGCUGAAACAAGCCAAGACAAAGAGGACCCAUUUUGGCUCGAGUGCGACCACCCAAGGGCCACUGCAGCCCGCGGCGCAGCCAACACCGGCGUCCGACAAUUCCUCUAAAACUGAAGAAAAGCGUACUUCUAACAACGUAAGGAACUCACAAUAAAGCGCACUGUACACCGGACCUAUACUAAAUGUAAACACAGUGCUCACAGAUAUUUGACAAUCUAAUGCUUGUGUUGUCUUGAUGUUCUGUAAGAUUAAGAUUUAUUUGAAUUUGAGUGUAAAAUGCCCGAUGUAAAAUGUCAUAUUUUCGAUCACUUUAUCAACCUCAGCCAGCUGAAUGAUUGAGCUUGAUUUAAAAGUUAAGUCAAAGCAUAUUAUAUUCCAAAUAAUGUUUAUGUAAUUAAGCACUUUUGUAACAUCAAAAUUGAAUUGUCCGUUAGUUUGUUUGUCUGUCAGUGAAGCUGGAGAAGCAAUGUGCUCGUUGCAAAGUGUAGUUUCGAAUGGAGAGAUAUAAUGCACAACCAGCAACUGCGCUAUCGAUAUGGGAGUUCUGUUUUGUUUUGUGCUGCACCUCGUGAGUUUAGAAGACUCGGGUGCGGUAGAGGAGCUCGUUACGUUCUGUUUGAUGCUGUAGUGAGAUAAUUAUCGCGUUAGAAGGUAUGAGUCGCUCGUUGUAAUGAUAAGUGUUUCUUAAUCUUAUAUUGGUUUAGUAUGUCCUAACGAGUUUAAUAUUUAUUUAUUAUUCGUAUAAUUCAUUAAUUGUUACUUUGUAUACUAACGCAUACUUAUGUUUUUAUUUAAAGCUUAUUAAUAUUUAAAUAAUUGACUUCUGAUUAAUUGUUGUUCUUCUAAUU